UGGGAGGAAAAAGUCUUUUGGGAUUUUAAAGACUUUAGUUCCUUCAAAACACGCUGACACACAACUCUCCUUUAUUUUUGUCUCAGUUUUUAUUUUUGAAUCAGCAUGACUUCUUCACUGGUGAUUCUGUUCUGUGUGGGAAUACUGCACCAGAGCACGAUGGCUGUCCUCAUGGAUAAACUAGCAGACAGUAAGAUCUGCAAAGAUGAAGAAUGCUCAUAUGUUCUUUCCAUGGCUACAGCUUUGGACGACUUCAUAGCUCCUGACUGCAGAUUCAUCAACAUCAAAAAGGGUCAGAUGGUUUAUGUGUAUUCUAAACUGGUACCAGGAGAUGGCAGUGGAGUCUUCUGGUCUGGAAGCGUUUACAGUGAUCGGUAUGUGGACCAGAUGGGUAGAAUUGGAUAUUUUCCUGCAACUGUGGUGAAGGAGACACAGACAUUCGCAGACAACACGGUUCAGAUGCAAACAACUAGCAUGGACUUCUUCUGUGAUUAGGACAUGGCAGAUGGAGUAUUUAACAAUAUUCUAACAUUGUUGGCUUGAAUAAUAAGACCCAAGCCCAUUUGUAGAAAAAAAUGUAUCAUUUCAUCUUGUCAUGCUGCCUUUAACUGAACUCUUUGAGUAUCGUCUUGCUUUGUAGCUCUACUUGCUGCUGAGUCAGCCACUUACAAAUGUUGUCAAGACAGUAUUCAUAUAUAAUGUAAGUUACUGACUUUCUAUGUUGCUGUGUCUUUACAUGUAUUUACUGUGACUUCAUUGUACAUAUUUGGCCACAUCUUUUUCCUAUCAUAUUAUAUAUUAUCAAAUAUAAAAUGUCAUGCUGAU